UUUGUUUAGGUCUUUAGGGUGCUGGUAUGAAGGUUACUUUCUUACUUUCUAGCAUUUGCUACUGGUUUGGUAAUCGUGUUUUUUCCAGUAAUGAAUAUUUAUAUUGGUAGUGAUGUCUCCCUCCAUUGUUCUUUUUACAAAGUUCUUUGUGUUUCACUCUUUAGUAUCACUUGUAUCAUCAACUUUUUUGUAAUAUGUUUUGGUACAAGAGACAUGUCAAGCUCUAUUGCAUAGUUUGGACUCUGAUGUUAUUUUGGGGACUUGGAUCCUAGAAACCUUAAAGUGCAGUGUUUAUGUAUUCUGUCCUCCAUCCGAGGCCUGGUGAAGUGAAGUACAUCGCCCCUUCUUUGUCUUGAAUUUACUUGUAGCUUAGUAUAUAGCUUAGAAGAUGUAUUUGAUUUUCCUAAAAAAUAGAAACAACUAUCUUUAACAACUUUCCUAUACAAUAGGAAAUAAUAUUACUAACUUUCCAACAUUCCCUCUCAAGUUGAGCUAUGGGAUCUUCAACACCCAACUUGAAUAUAACAUCUUCAAACAUUUUAGUUGAUAUUGCUCUAGUUAGAAUAUCAACUAGUUGAUUUUUUGAAUGUACAAACGGAAGACUUAUUACUUUUGCAUCCAAGUUGUCCUUUGAAGUGUAUCAAUUUCCACAUGUUUAGUUUGAUCAUGUUGAAUUGGAUUCUCAGAAAGACCAAUAGCUGCCUUAUUAUCACAAUAUAACUUACAACUUUUCCUCGUGUAAAACCAUGUUUAGAUAGCAAUUUUUUGAGCCACAAAACUUUAAUAAUGCCUUUUGCAAAUCCCCUGAACUCUACUUCAACACUUAUAGCUACUAGUUAUUGUUUCUUGCUUCUCUAGUUUAUCAAAUUUCCUCCAUCUUAAGUAAAAUGUAUUGAAGUAGACUUUCUACUGUCCCCAUCUGCUCCCAAGUAUGCACCAAUAAAGUCAUAAAGAUCUAAAUGACCAUUUUGCUCUAAACAUAACCCAACUAAGUGUUUUCUUUAAAUAAUUCAACAUCAUGCGAACAACUUUCAAGUGUUGACUUUGAGGAUUGUGCAUAAACCUACUCACAACUCCUAUUGGUUUGCAAUCUAUCAUUCCAACUUUUGUCAAGAAAUCAGAAUAAACUUCCUUUGAGAAAUAUUUUCCCUUUAACAAUUUUAUUUCUGCAAGGAAAUAUCAUCCCAACCUCUAUUUUCAAGAAAUAUUUAAGUCUCCGAAGAUCCUUUAUUUUUGAAUUCUUGGAAUAAUUUUCCCUUUAGCAAUUUUAUUUCUGCCUUUUCAUUCCCAUUAUUAAUCAUAUCAUCAACAAAAAUAAUAAGACAAUUGAUUAAUUCUCGUUUUUUUAAAAGAACUAGUUAUGAUCGCUAUUACUGUGUUGAUAUCCUAAUUUUUUCAUUUCUAAAGUUAAUCUCUCAAACUUGGCUCUUAGAGAUUUUUUUAAGCGAUAUAAAUCCUUUCUUAAUUUGCAUCCUUCAACGUAGUGAAGUCUUUUGAAAAACUAGGAAUAGCAUUCAUAUAAACUAUUUCAGUGAUUUUACCUUGUAGAAAAACAUUUUUGACAUCAAAUUAAUGUAGAGACCAUUCUUUAUUAGUUGCAACCGAGAAUAAAUCUCUAAUAGUAUCAAUCUUUACUACUGGUGAGAAGGUUUCUGCAUAAUAUAUUCCAUAUGUAUGAGUAUAACCUUUAGCCACAAGUCGUACUUUAUACCUCUUAUUCUUCCUAUCACCCUUAUAUCUUAUUGUAAAAACCCAUUUGCAACCUAUAGUUUUAUUUUCUUUAGGAAGAUUACAUUUUUUCCUAGUAUUUUUUCUUUUUAAAGCGACGAUCUCAUCCUUCAUAACUUUCGUCUAGUGCUUACUCUUAAGUUCUUCAACUGAGGUACAUAUCUUCUCUUAAUAUAAUGCAGCAUUGUAAGCCAUUGCCAUUUGAGAUAAGCGCCCUUUAAUUAUUUUAUUAAUUGGGUAUCUCGAUCUUUGUGCCUCAUAUUCAAGAUCAUAUCCUUGAGGAGGAAUCCCUUUAGUGCUUCCAGAUAAUAUGUAUCAUUCUGUUUCAAGAUUAAAAGUAUUCUGUUCUAUAUCAAUAUUACGCCUGUUUUCAAUAUUUUCAAGUUCAAUACUAAGAUUAUUAUUAGAAGUAUGUACCUCUUUUGUAUCUUUUGUAGUUAUGUUUGAUCCUUGGACAAGAUUUUGAGGAAGUGAUUGAUUAGACUGUCGAAUGGGCUCAGUAGCUCGCCAAUGUGUUCUUUUGGAUUAGGCUUCAGUAUAGGAUAUGUUAGCCAAUUUCGAUCGUCCAAGAUACUCUCCUCCUCACAUCUAAGGUGGUGGGAAAAUAUUCACUUUUUUUUAUGCUAUCAUUUAAUUUUGUUUGUGCUCGUCUUGACAUCAAUGUAUAAUGAUUUAUAGCUUGAACAAUGAUUUCAUCGUCUCCUGCUUACCCUUUGGAUCCUGUAAGAGAAUAUAGUCAACUCAAUUAUGUUAGCUUACGACUUUAUGUGCUUAUGUAGCAUUUAUCUAACUUUUAUAUUGUAAUAAUUUGAAUUUCAUGUUGUUUCAAGUAUUAAAUAUGUUUUAAAAUUGAUUUUGGAGCCUUUUAUUAAAAUUGUGCGUCUAACAUACGAAAGGCUUGCGCCUUCGCCUUGUGCCUUGCGCCUUGCGCCUUAACUCCGGUUAUCUUCUCGCCAUGAAUUUGUUGGUUUUCCAACUCUUCCUUUUGCGAUAAGGCCACUUAUAAUUCUCGAGGAUUCAGAUUAGAUGAGAGUUUUUCAAAUCUCAUGAUGCACUGGCAUGAGAUCUCCCUUCUAAUGGUUGCAUAAGCAUCUUUUUAUUGGAAAAGGGUCUAAAUUGAGUAAAUUCCUCCUGUCUUUCCAAAGAUUCAUCAAGACCGGCUAAAAAUUGGUUUAGUCGAACUUGUUGAUUUAGGUGGUUAUGAAUUGUCUUAGCUUCUAGACAUUGCAUUGGGUUAGGCAAUCUUUGAUCAAUUUCUUUCCUUAUUGUGAGCGAGUUUGCUGAAAUAAAUCUCAAAUUGGUCUUUGUCUUGUUUUAUUUUGAUUGCUUUGACUGUUAGGUCAAAGAUCCGCAAACCGCCUCUCCAUCUCUACCACUGCUGAAUAUUGCCUCUAUUUCUUUCUAUCUUAUGGGAUAAUCAAGAAACUGAUUUACCGCAGAAUCUAUGUUCUCAAUUAUCCAGAAGAUUACAAUGGAAUCUUGCUGAUCCCAUUUCGUGUAUUCAUGAUCUUCAAUCAAUGGCGGGAAGGCGAUGAUACGGUGGAGCCUUCCUCGUCUACUAAUAAUUUCCUUUGUUACAUUUUUCUAUCAUGGUGUGGUGGUGUUUCAAAGAGAGCUUAACUUUUUUGCUAGAUGUAGUAUUUGCAAUAUGCAUAAACAUAUUUAGAAUGAGGAUAACUUCCUGUAAUAGGAUGGACAAUCAACUGGAGAAUCCUCUACUGUUCCAUGAUCUUGAGGAAGGGCACCUUAGCAAUUCUGAAACAUUACAAACUAUUUGGACGCUUCUGACAUUCAAUAGCAUCAAGUCAAUAAUGGAUAAAGGAGCCACAAAGCAACUUGACUUUGAGGAUCUGCUUAAUUUGCCGUUGGAUAUGGAUCCUUCUUCCUGCCAUGCUUUAAUGCUGACUAGUUGGCGAGCCCAGCAGUCAGAAAAUUGCUCCAACCCAUCAUUCUUUAAGGCCAUUUGUUCUGCAUAUGGGUGGUCGUAUUUCCGCCUUGGCCUGCUAAAGGUGUUCAAUGACUGCAUGGGCUUUGCAGGACCGUUGCUUCUGAAUAAGUUGAUCCAGUUUCUUCAAAAAGGUUCUGGAGGAAUGGACGGCUUUCUUUUUGCAGUGUCUUUGGGCUUAACAUCUGUUCUAAAAUCAGUUCUUGAUACACAAUACACAUAUCACCUUUCUGUUUUGAAGUUAAAGCUUCGGGCUGGUAUCAUGACCAUCAUUUAUCAAAAGUGCCUGUCCAUCAGUCUAGUAGAGAAGGAAAAGUUCUCUGAAGGAGAAAUCCAGACUUUUAUGUCAGUGGAUGCUGAUCGAACUAUUAACCUGUGCAACAGUUUCCAUGAUGUAUGGAGUUUGCCUUUACAAAUUGGGAUUGCACUCUAUCUUCUAUACACUCAAGUUAGCUUUGCUUUUGUAGCCGGCGUCACUAUUACGAUUUUGCUGAUACCAGUGAAUAAAUGGAUUGCCAAAUUGAUAGCUAAUGCCACUGAAAAAAUGAUGAAGCAAAAAGAUGAGAGGAUUAGGAGGACAGGUGAACUUCUGACUUAUAUUCGCACUAUAAAAAUGUAUUGCUGGGAAAUUCUCUUCACCAACUGGGUGAUGGAGACAAGAUGUUCGGAAGUUGCAAACUUAUCUACGCGGAAGUAUCUUGAUGCUUGGUGUGUAUUCUUCUGGGCUACAACUCCUACUCUUUUCUCAUUGUGUACUUUUGGACUCUACACUUUAUUGGGGCAUCAGCUUGAUGCUGCUACGGUUUUCACUUGUGUGGCUCUGUUCAAUAAUUUGAUUUCUCCUCUGAAUUCAUUUCCCUGGGUGAUCAAUGGAUUGGUUGAUGCCAUUAUAUCUACAGGGAGGUUGAGCAGGUUUCUUGCUUGCCCGGAAUAUAUUCCUAACCGAGGAAAAGAUUCCUUUUUUGUUCCAGCUGGUUUGAGUGUCCAGAUUAAUGACACUUUAGAAGAUAAUGCUAUCACCUUUCAUGAUGCGUUAUUUUCGUGGUCAAAUGGAAGUGAUGGUAAAAACAAUUUCAGUCUGGAUGUAGUGAAUCUUUGCUUUCCAAAAGGUUCUUUUGUAGUGGUCAUUGGAGAGGUUGGCUCGGGCAAAUCAUCCCUAUUAAAUUCAGUGCUGGGAGAGAUGAAUAUCAUUAAUGGAUGGAUCCUUAAAAAUGGUUCUACUGCCUAUGUGCCACAGGUGCCUUGGAUUUUUUCUAAUACUCUUCGAGAGAACAUACUCUUAGGAAAGGAACAUAUUCUAGAUAGAUAUGUAGAUGUGCUUCGAGCUUGUGCUCUUGAUGUUGAUAUUUCAGUUAUGUCGGGUGGUGAUAUGGUUUACUUGGGAGACAAGGGAUCUGCUUUAUCUGGUGGACAGAGGGUUCGUGUUGCUUUGGCAAGGGCCAUCUAUCAUAUGCCAGAUAUAUUGUUGCUUGAUGAUGUCUUAAGUGCAGUUGAUGCCCAAGUUGCUCGAUGUAUAGUAGAUAAUGUCAUCCAUGGUCCUCUUAUGAGCCAGAAGACACGUGUUCUCUGUACCCAUAAUAUUCAGGCCAUAUUAUCAGCAGAUAUAGUGGUGCUUAUGAGUAAAGGCUGUGUAAAGUUGGUAGGAAGCCCAGCUGAUUUAUCAUCUUGUUCGGAAUAUUCUGCACAUACAGCACUGAGUCCAUUGCUGGUUCUUAAUCAAGUAAAAAGUGUAGAGUCUUGUCUUGAAACCGAAAGUAGCUCGUGCGAGGAGAAAGAAUGUAUUCAAAUAUUUGAAGAGACGGAGGAGACAAUUGAACUUGAGGAAAGGAAAGAAGGCAAAGUUGAGCUGUCUGUAUACAGAGAAUAUGCUGUUUUUUCUGGCUGGUUUCUUGCUUCUCUGAUUCUGAUCUCUGCUGUUAUGAUGCAAACUUCACGUAAUGGGAAUGAUCUCUGGUUAUCAUAUUGGGUUGAUACAACAAGUGGAAGUGACAAAAUGCAUUAUUCGCUAACCUUUUAUUUGGCUAUACUGAGCAUUUUUUGUCUAUUGAACUCUGUCUUGACUCUAGUGAGAGCUUUUUCGUUCGCAUUUGGUGGUUUACGAGCAGCAACGCGGAUCCAUGAUUCACUGCUUUUUAAGCUUGUCCAUUCACCCGUGCUUUUCUUUGAUCGAACACCACGGGGAAGGAUUAUUAAUAGGUUGUCUUCAGAUCUUUAUACAAUAGACGAUUCUCUUCCAUUCAUCCUAAACAUUCUCCUUGCAAAUUUUGUCGGGCUCUUGGGGGUUGCAAUAGUCUUGUCAUAUGUACAGAUUGUUAUACUGCUUCUUCUGUUGCCCUUUUGGUAUAUCUACAAGAAGUUGCAGUUUUAUUACAGAUCAACGUCACGUGAGUUGCGCAGGCUAGAUAGUGUUUCUCGUUCCCCAAUAUAUACAUCAUUCACAGAGACAAUGGAUGGAUCAUGUACAAUACGAGCAUUCAAGUCAGAGGAUUUCUUCUUCGUGAAAUUCACCAGUUAUGUAGCCAUGUAUCAGAAAACCUCAUAUACUGAAAUAACAGCUAGUUUGUGGCUUUCCCUGCGACUCCAGUUGUUGGCAGCUUUUCUCAUCUCAUUUAUAGCGCUCAUGGCUAUAAUUGGUACCUUUGGUGAAUUUCCUGUUGGUCUGGGCACACCUGGACUGGUAGGCUUGGCAUUAUCUUAUGCUGCCCCAAUUGUUUCUUUACUGGGAAGCUUUUUAUCUAGCUUCACUGAGACAGAGAAGGAAAUGGUUGCUGUUGAAAGAGUUCUGCAGUACAUGGAUAUUCCUCAAGAAGAUUCCUGUGGAGCUCUAGCCAUACCCAAAGAUUGGCCUUCUCAAGGACAGAUUGAAUUUCAGAAUGUGGUUCUCAGAUAUUUACCUUCACUUCCUCCAGCAUUGUGCAACAUAUCUUUUACCAUUACAGGAGGGUCUCAGGUUGGAAUCAUUGGAAGAACUGGUGCUGGAAAAUCUAGUAUUUUGAAUGCCCUUUUCCGUCUGAGCCCAAUAUGUGAAGGUUGCAUAGUUGUUGAUGGUGUAAAUAUAAUUCUGGUUUCCGCAAGAGAUCUUCGCUCAAGAUUUGCUGUUGUUCCUCAAAGUCCUUUCUUAUUUCAAGGAUCGGUGAGAGAAAAUUUAGAUCCUUUCCAGGUGAAUAAUGAUGUGAAGCUCUGGGAAGUUCUGGAGAAAUGCCACCUGAAGGAAGAGAUUGAAGCAUUGGGCGGGCUGGAUAUUCAAAUAAAGGAUUCUGAAGCUUCAUUCUCUGUUGGCCAACGACAACUGCUUUGCCUUGCAAGAGCAUUUUUGAAGUCUUCAAAGGUGUUGUGCUUGGAUGAAUGCACAGCUAAUAUUGAUAUUCCAACAGCUUCAAUACUACAAGACGUCAUAUCCAGUGAAUGCCAAGGACUGACUGUUAUCACUAUUGCUCACCGCAUUUCAACUGUGCUGAACAUGGAUAAUAUUUUAGUUCUUGAAAAAGGAAGUCUGGUCGAACAAGGAAAUCCACAGAUUCUGCUUCAAGAUGACCUCUCAAAAUUUGCAGGCUUCACAAGAGCUACAUUAAUGUAGAAAACUAGUGAUGGAACCAAACUACCAAUACUGUGGACAGGUUGAAUAUUCGCCGUUGUCAGCUAAUUAGUAACUAGACGCAGCUUAUUACCUUUGCUAAUUUGGGGAUCGAGCAUUUUGCACUUGGUUCUUGCUGAUCCUGUAAACUACGUAUUGCUCUAGUUUGAGAUGUGUACAAGUUGAUAGAUUUCCUAAUCAGCUUAAAUGACUUUGUGGAUGUAUAGAAGUGGCCAUUACACCUCUGUAGUAUGUAUAUUUCCAUAUUUCUUCUGUUCUGUAGUGAAGUAUUUUUUUUAUUAAUUUAGUUGUAAUUUUGAUGAUUUCUAGCUUCUAAUGAACAUUUGGCAUUUGUACUAACAGUGAGUCAUUAAUAUCCCAGUUAAGAGCACUUAUUAGUUGUGUUCAUCGAAUAAA